GAUAAGAUGAUGUGUAUAUCCAUCCAUCGAGAUUCCAGCAUUCCCAGGGAGCUGCUUGGAGCUCGCUGUAAUGGAGUUCUGCGCAGCCUUUUCCUCUCCCAUUUGUUUCCCCAAGACCUCUGUAUUAUCGGCGACACUGAAUUCUCCGAAUGAAUUCAAAAUCAGGACGAGAAGAAGAAACGUAAAGCCCCCAGGAGCCCUUCCAGUUCCACCACUGUCCACCGCUACCGACCUGUCGUCCGUUGGGGCCUCCUUCGAUGGUACAACCUUGGCCUUCUUGGGUGGUGGUUCCAUCGCCGCCGUGGCCGCUGUGCUCUCCUUCGCCGACCCUGAGAAGCGUAGGCAGCUCCAGGCCGAGGAAGUUGGAGGAGGGGACAAGGAGGUAGUGAGGGAGUACUUCAACAACUCCGGCUUCCAGCGAUGGAGGAAAAUCUACGGAGAGACGGACGACGUUAACAAGGUCCAGCUUGACAUUCGACUUGGCCACUCUAAGACCGUUGAGAAUGUCAUGAAGAUGCUCACCGAUGAGGGCCCCUUGAAAGGUGUCUCCGUUUGCGACGCCGGCUGCGGCACCGGUUGCCUCUCCAUUCCCCUCGCCAAGGAGGGUGCCAUUGUCUCCGCCAGUGAUAUCUCUGCUGCCAUGGUCGCCGAGGCUGAGAAACAGGCGAGAGAAGAGCUUCUUCAGGGGCAGAGUGAUGGAAAGGCAGAAAUGCCGAAGUUCGAGGUGAGCGAUUUGGAGAGCUUAAAAGGGAAGUACGACACAGUAGUGUGUUUAGACGUAUUGAUACACUACCCGCAGAGCAAGGCGGACGGGAUGAUAGCGCACUUGGCAUCGUUGGCAGAGAAACGUUUGAUAUUGAGCUUUGCUCCCAAGACAUUCUACUACGAUCUGUUGAAAAGGGUUGGAGAGCUCUUCCCGGGUCCUUCGAAAGCCACUCGAGCCUACCUUCACGCAGAGGCCGAUGUUGAGAGAGCAUUGGAAAAGGUUGGAUGGCGGAUCAGGAAGAGAGGUAUUGUCACCACUCAGUUCUACUUCGCCAAAUUGGUCGAGGCUGUACCUGCUACCUGAAUCACCCACUGACGCGUGCAUACACACAAUUCGACUUGAUUUUCUCCUGCCCGUCUCCCUCUGACGGAUUGACGGCGACGCUAAACCAAAGGAUUAAGGGAAUUAAAUAUCAGCUAUUAGAAGAUUUGACUUUCUCCACAUUACUUUUUUUGAGGCUCUGAAGUGCUCCUCUUGUUCUUGUGUAUCUAAAUCCCUUCGCUGAGGGAGAGCUGUGUGAUUUUCUCUUUCAAAACAGUAUUUGCAAGAAUCAAACACAUUGUUUCGUUGCCUCUACAAA